AACAUAUCCAUUUGAUUCUCUUUUUUAAUCUAUCAUGAGAAAGUUCAUUUUUGAGGAGAAUCUGUGCGAGAGGAGUAACACUGAUAAAAAUGAGAGUGAGGACGAUUCUCCUACAUACGAUUCUCUUAUUAAAAAUCGUUCCCUCCAGUUCACGGACCUGCGACAAUCCAUAAAAGAUAAAAUUACUAAAAGUGAAAUAUUUUACAGUUUUGAAAUUGUUUCUGGGAGGAAAUCUAAAGCAUUUUAUCAGAGACUUCUCUUGGGCAUGGAUAAGUACUCGCCUCUUUUUUAUGCGUUAACAUGGCAUAAGGAAGAAGGAGUUUUUAGCAAUGAUAGCUAUUUGCCUUUAGAGCUGGUAGAGAACUUUCCAUCUAAUACUCUUUUACAUCUAGCAGCUAAGGGUUUAAAGCGCGACGAAGUCGUUUGUAUCUUAAAGAAAGCCCUUGCCUUUGGAAUAAUUAAUAUAUUUGCGCUACAAGGAGAGUUAUUAUCGGAAGACGGCGACUUCAAAUAUGCAGUGGAUUUGGUUGCUUUCAUAAGGGAACAAUUUGGCGAUACGUUUUGCAUAUGUGUGGCAGGCUAUCCACAAAUGCAUCCGAAAUCAGUCUCAAAGGAAUUCGACUUGUAUUAUUUAAAGGCGAAAGUAGAGGCGGGCGCAGAUUUUAUCAUAACGCAAAUAUGCUUCGAGUCUGAAAUUUUUAUCAACUUCGUGAAAGAUUGUCGAAAGAUUGGAAUUCAAGUUCCAAUCCUUCCCGGAAUUUUCGCGCCAACGAGUUACAAGUAUUUGGAGAAGAUGGCAGAUAUUUGCAGGCUUGACGUCCCGAUGGAAAUUAAAAAUGAUUUGGCGCGAAUAAAGGACGAUGAUCAAGCGACGAGAAAAUUUAUAAUUGACUUGACCGUGCGAAUAAUUACGGAUAUAAUUAAAAGCGGAACUACACGUGGCUUUCAUCUAUUUACAUUGAACAGAUUAUCGUUAGUAGAGGAAAUAUGCAGCCGAAUAAAUUUCCCCAAAUCGGAAAAUGCUUAGGAAAUUCGUCGAUCAAUUUAUAAUUCACAGGAAUAUUAUAUAAAUAUAUUAAUCAAAUUAGAAAGAUAAUUAUAUAUUCAAAUCAAUUUUCGUAGUAGAUAAAAUAAAAGCGAU